GCCACGUUGGUCUAAGGCCCAAACAGGUCAUCAAAAUGGCCCAAGUUUGCACGGACCAAGAAACCGCUUGUUCGUGGGCCCCUUGCCCUUGCCCUUGCCGGUGACCACGACCCGUUUUGUCAGUAGUAGCUCCAACAAAACACAGUUGUCCCAACCUUCAGCUACUGAGCUCUCACCACUGGCUCAUCAAUGGCGGAUCAUAACAGAAAACGGGCGACCGAAGAGUUUGUAACGUACAGCUACAUUCUCCUGUACAUCGCGCUAUCUAGCGGUCAGAUCUUCUUCAACAAGUGGGUUUUAUCAUCAAAGGAAAUGAAUUUUCCUUACCCUCUUGGACUGACCCUGCUCCACAUGGUCUUCUCCUCUGUUCUGUGUUUUAUGCUUACCAAAGUUUUCAAGAUUAUGAAAGUUGAUCAAGGAAUGACUAUGGAUAUAUAUAUUACUUCUGUCAUCCCGAUUGGUGCAAUGUUUGCUAUGACACUUUGGCUUGGGAACACUGCUUACCUCUACAUAUCGGUUGCAUUUGCUCAGAUGUUGAAAGCAAUCAUGCCCGUUGCCGUGUUCAUACUCGGUGUAUUAGCUGGACUUGAAGUGAUGAGUGGCAGUAUGCUUCUCAUAAUGUCAGUAAUCAGUUUUGGGGUGCUCGUGGCUUCUUAUGGGGAGAUAGAAAUCAACUGGAUAGGUGUCGUUUACCAAAUGGGAGGCGUAGUUGGAGAGGCUUUGAGACUGAUCUUCAUGGAGAUUUUUGUGAAACGCAAGGGGCUAAAACUAAACCCCAUAUCCGUGAUUGCUCUUUGCCUCUUAAUCCCGUGGAUCUUCCUGGAGAAGCCUAAGAUGGAUGCACAGGGGACAUGGAGCUUCAAGCCUCUUAUGUUGGUUCUCAAUUCUCUCUGUACUUUUGCCCUCAAUCUUUCAGUUUUCCUUGUCAUCUCGCACACAAGUGCAUUGACCAUUCGCGUGGCUGGGGUUGUCAAGGACUGGGUUGUAGUUCUGCUCUCGGCCCUUCUUUUUGCUGACACGAAGCUGACACUUAUAAAUCUUUUCGGAUAUGCCAUUGUGAUUGACCAAAAUUCUGGAUUGUCUACAGCUAUUGCCGGGGUAGCUGCAUACAAUAAUCACAAGUUGAAAAAGGAAGCUUCUCGCAAUAGCUCUGCUCCAAGAUUUUAUGUUGUGAGAAAGAGAAACAAUCAAGAUAUCACAACUAGUGAAAAUCACAAGGUACUUGCACUGCCCGGGGAUCUUCGCCGGGAACCUUAUCAGGGCGGCGGAGCACCAGGCGAUGGACCCCACCGUCGUCCACGCAUCACGCAAUUCUCCAAUCUUUCUGAGGAGGAGUUAGAGGUCACGUAUCUAGGGGUGAAGGGUGGCACCGGCACUGGGAGGUUGGAGAACGUGGCGGCGGAGAUGGAGAGGACAUACAAUCGGCGAAGAGAGAGAAAGAAGCAUCGAGCAGGCGAUGCGAUCUCGGCGGUGGAGGCCGGCCGAUGGUGUGGCGUCGAGCAGCCGUUGAUGGCCAUGCUGCAGAUGACGUGGCAGCCGACCCUUCUCCGGUCGUUGAAGCGGAAGUACGGCUCGCCGCCCCUAGGGCUUCGGAAUCUUGGCAACACCUGCUACCUCAACUCCGUCCUUCAAUGCCUCACUUACACUCCUCCGCUCGCUAAUUUCUGCCUCCGCUUUUUCCAUUCCUCUGUUUGCGACUCUAAGAAGGAGAAGAGGGAGUGCGCUUUCUGCAUAUUGGAAAGACGGAUUGCUCUCUCUUUGAAUAGUGAGGCAGUUGUGGAUGCCCCGUUGAAAAUAAACAGGUGUCUAAGGAUAUAUGCCGAGCAUUUUCGCGCUGGGAGGCAAGAGGAUGCUCAUGAGUUUUUGCGUUAUGUAAUUGAUGCUUGCCAUAAUACAUGCUUGAGACUAAAGAAGCUGCAGCAGCAGCAGCAAAGGGGGAAGACUGGAGCUGCCAAUGGAGGAGAUAUUAGUGGGUCUACGGAAACGGUGGUCAAGGAGAUUUUUGGAGGGGAGCUGCAGAGUCAAGUAAAAUGUUUGUCAUGUGGGGCCGAGUCAAAUAAGAUCGAUGACAUUAUGGAUAUUAGUCUUGAUAUUUUGCAUAGUGGGUCACUGAAAGAGGCUUUACAGAAGUUUUUCCAGCCUGAGGUCUUGGAUGGAAAUAACAAAUACAAGUGCGACAGUUGUGAGAGAUUGGUGGCAGCAAGGAAGCAAAUGACAAUUCUUCAGGCUCCCAAUGUUCUUGUAAUACAAUUAAAGAGGUUCGAGGGUUUGUUUGGUGGGAAGGUUGAUAAGCCCAUUGCAUUUGACGAGGCAUUGGUGCUUUCCAGUCACAUGUGCAAAGGAAGCAAGGUGCGUGAUGAAAAUAUUGCUGAAGUUAGACAAAUUUGUAUAGUUAUCUUCUUCAGCUUCUCUGAAUCUGACCAGUAUCCUGAGUAUGGUCUUUUUGGUACAAUUGUACAUUCAGGUUUCUCUCCUGAUUCUGGACACUACUAUGCGUAUAUCAAGGAUGCGACAGGCCGCUGGUUCUGCUGCAAUGAUUCUUAUGUUUCAGUGUCAACCUUGCAGGAGGUUUUGUCGGAGAAAGUCUAUAUGCUGUUUUUCUCCCGUACAAAACAAAGGUCUCAUGCGAGGGUUGAUAUUGUCAGUGGAAACAAGACUCACAAGUCAAAUGGCAGUGCAGCAUACAUAAAGCAGAAGUCAGGUUGUCCAGAUAAUUCAACUUGUACUAAAUUAGUUUCUAGUCAACAGCAAGAGACUUGUAGUUCAACCAAUGGCACUGAUUCUUCUACCCGUGAGUCAAGUCAUCCAGAAAAACCAGUUAAAACGAAAUUACUGACAUCCAAUUCUGAGAGCAAUGGUCAUACUGAUUCCCUUGCAACCAAUGGCACUAAAACGACCACACAUAGAAGGUCUGAACUUGUGGAAACACCGGCAAGUGUGAACAAGCGUGUCAAUAAUUUUUUGGAGGGACAGAAUUCCAUUUCAUCUGUUGUAUCCAAAAGCAGUAAUACAAUUGAGCAACUCAGGCCGGGUUCUCAUGUUAAACCAGUUAAUAAUAAAGAAACAUCUAACCAUCAUGGUCAGACAAAUAACACAAUGAAAUUUGAGGUUGAUCAGAGGCUUCCUUUGGUAGAUGGUAGGCUCAGUGAUUCUCUGAUCGGAAAAAAGCUCUUAGCUGCUGGUAACAGCCAGUUUAUUGUUCGUGAAAAAGAAUCCAGCAAGGAAAAUAGCUGCACAGAAGCUUUAAUUACUUCUGGCCAAAUGGAGAAAACUGGCUUGCCUAUGAUUGAGAGGAAUGGCAUGUGUCAGACAUUAGCAGAUAUUGAAAUUACGAAGAAAGGGCCCUCCUUGUGUAUCAGUAAUGGGGAAGCUGGGCAUACUGCAGUAGACUCCGAAAGGAGAAUAUCUGAAGGCAAUGGCCCUAGAAUUAUAACUGCACCAUGUAAAAAUCUCAAUGGCAUACAAAAUGAAGAAAUUGUGGGCUCUGACAACUCAAGCAUGAAGAGGAAGAUGGGAAAUGGUCUUUCAUGCAUUUUUCUUGCAAGAGAUGAUGAAUCUCGCGGAAAAGUGGAAGCAUUCAAGGAAGUGAUUGGAAAAGAAGCUUCUGUAUUUCUACGCUCAUGUGGAUGGUCUGAUGAAGUGCAAAAGUUUAUGCAUGCUAGGAAAAAAAUGUGUCAAGAAGCAGGCAAUGCUGCCUUGGAUGACAGUGAGAUGAAGAAUUUGCUUAUUUCACAGGCGAAGAGGAAUUUUAUUCCUAAGGUUCCUGAAACACUUAAAGCAACCCUAAUCAAACGGAUCAAAUUGUUUAGCCAAGAAAAUCGGUCAUCUGGAACUCUUGACAAAAUCUAACCACGGCGAGUGCAAUAUUGCUAAGCGGUACUGGGUUUUGUCAAUUAGGUAACGAGCCCCAUUGUCUUAUUGUGCUUGUAAAUAGUCGGCAGAUGCACAUCGAGAUUUAUGAAUUGAGUUUUGAGAAGGCAUGGUCGUUUGAAAGAGAUGUGUUGAAGAGAGGGUCAUUUUGAAUCUGUACACUAUUCUUUUUGCUGGUAGCACAAACAUUCCUCAGUUUUUAUGGACCCAUUACAGUUUCUGGGUUUCGAAAACAAAAAAAGAAGAAAAUAAAUGCGGUCUUAAAGAGGAGGUUUUUUUUUCUCUUGUCUUAAAGAGGAGUUUUGGAUGUACUCUGUUGUACUGUAUCUGAGAUUUCAUAGAAUUAUAAUUUUAUUAUGAUUAUGUGUUCUGGUUAGUUUUGUAAGAUUAUAAAUUAAGAACAGGUUUUCAGCGUACAGAUGUUUAACUUGCCAUCUCUAGCACUCUAGUGAGAAUUUGAGUUAUAUAUUUCAUAUAUCCUCAAGAUAGAUCGUUUAUAGUGUCUUGGGCAUUGAU